UCGAUUGCAAUCCGCGCUAAUCCGAGCUGUAAACGAAAAAUCUUUCACCCAGACUCGCAUUAUCUGGUCUACGUCAGCCUCUGCGUGCCGUGGAUGAAAUAACCUUACACGUUAUCCUGUACGAGUUAAUGCCGCAUGUCGCCAGUGAAACAUUUACAAGUAACGCGUAUAAAAAAAGGAUCUCUGUCUUCGGUUGCGCAUGAUUCGCUCAGUUUUGCGCGCGCCGUUAGACGGGAAAACUCAUUCGAUCGCUUCGACCGCGUCCGCCAAUCGGGUGGCGGCCAUCUUUUUUAAUUUUUUGCCGCCGGAAAAUGGUCUUCGGAAUAAGUGAUCAGUGGUCUCGGUGAUCCCUGGAGAUGUGCUCGCCAGGACGAUGUGUGUCGGCGCCGAUGUGAGCUCGACUCGUCGCUCGAUCGGUCGGCUCACGGAUCAAAAUAUUCCUAGAUUUCUAAUGUUACAUUUAGAUUUACGAUUGGACCAUGGAUUGCGGAGGUCUUUGGAGCUAGUUUACUGUAGUUAGUACUUUGUGAAGUUUUAAGUAAAGAAGUAGUAAACAUAAACCGGUGUCAAGAUGAUGUCCAAGAAGCAGCUGGCGUGCAUGUUCGCCCUCCACAUUAUAUACUUGCUGCUUGGAGCCAGUAUCUUCUACCACAUAGAGAGUCCUCUGGAAAUGGCGCAAAGGGCUGAAGAAAAGCUAGAGCGGCUGGAAAUUCAAAAUCUCCUCUACGAGAACUACAUCCCGAAUGACCCAGACAAGCAGGACAGCAUCCUGCGCAAGCUGUCAGACUACUGCGGCAAGUCCAUGUUCAACUACACCACUGAGGAUGAGGAGCCCCCGAUCAAGUGGGACUUCUACCACUCCUUCUUCUUCUCCUACACCGUCGUCAGCACUAUCGGUUAUGGAAAUUUGUCGCCAACCACCCACCUGUCCAGAAUCCUGAUGAUAUUCUACGGUCUCUUCGGCAUCCCUAUCAACGGUAUCCUGCUCGCCAACCUCGGAGAGUACUUUGGGCUACAGCUCAUAACAGUCUACCGUCGAUACAAAAGACGGGAUGAGAAGCGAGCGGAUCGAUUGGACUACUUCUUCCACAACCUGGGCAUGUUGGGGCAGAUCUUCCUGUACCUGGUGCCAGGGUUCCUCUUCUUCAUAUUCCUCCCGGCUUGCAUCUUCAUCGUGUUUGAGGGCUGGGACUACGUCGCCGCUAUCUACUAUGCGUUUGUCACGCUGACUACUAUAGGGUUCGGUGAUUUGGUCGCUGGCACCGUGAACAAUGGCUUUGCGUCCGGUUACUUCUUCAUCUAUGAGAUAUUCCUCAUAAUCUGGAUCACAUUUGGCCUCGGCUACAUUGUCAUGCUUCUUGGCUUCAUCACUAGUGGAAUGAGAUCUGAAGGAGUCCAUAGAAUGGAACAGAAACUCGCUUAUCACUUUAAGAUGACACAGAACCGAAUUCUAAAUGGGUUCUCGCGAGACAUGAAUGUGAUAAGGAAGAUUAUCAACGAAGCGAAUUUGAUUAAGAUUAAGCCCGUCUACAUAGAAACUGCGCCAUACCUGUAUCGAAGUAAAAGCUGCCCUACACUUACUUUUGACAUAGAACCAAGGGAUCCAGUAGUAAAGAGAAAACGAGCAAACUCCGAAAAUAUCACCCUAUCCGCACGGGAUAUGCUUAGAAUACAAUCUGAUACGGAUUUAUUAGGCAUUGAUAAAGAAAAAACAUUUACAGCUUCAGCUAUCGUUAAACCAGCAGAACUUCUUGCAAGAGUUGUCAAUGUCUUGGGAGGUUUAGAACCAAAAGAAGAUCGAGGAGUUCACAUGUUUGAUGAUGAUCAAAUACUAGCAACUGAAAAACCACCUCUCUGGACGAUAGGGCAAGAUACAAUUAUAACAAACUCACCUCAAAGAAACAGAGCGUUGAGUGUAGCCGUUCCUAAUUAUAGAAAAGAGCCAGUGGACCCUGAUCACGCAUGGAGUAAUGGCGAUCCUAAUACCAAAUUAGAAGCUGUAAAUGUUAGACACGGAAAAAUGUCUCUGCCCACUACUAUACCACCCGAAAUACAAAUGAAAGAGCCGCAGCAUAGAAGUUUCCUAUCCAAGCUAUUUAGAAAACAAAGUUCUGAAGAUAGCAAUCCAGAAGAAUAUCUUAAAAAUACAAUGAAGGGCAGAGUUAGCGGAGCCCAAGAAUAUGAUAAACCAAAACGUCGUGGUAGUAUCUUCCCGUCGUUCAAUUUAGGAAAUCAAAGUGAUGAGGAAGAAAACAUGGCAAAAGCUUAUAGAGAAAAGACUAAACGUGGUCGAACCAGUAUAUUCCCUACGUUUGACUUCUCUGAAGAUGAAGACGCGGCAGCCGCUCGAGCUUAUCGUGAAAAAAGUAAGAGACACAGUAUUUUUCCAACAUUCGAUUUUCACGAGGAUGAAGAUGCCGCCGCUGCUAAAGCCUACCGAGACAAGACUAAAGCAGGUCGACGCAGCAUAUUCCCUACUUUUGAUUUUAGUGAAACUGAAGACGAUAUGGCUAGAAAAUAUAAAGAAUCAACGAAACGUGGACGCCACAGUAUUUUCCCGACAUUCGACUUUUUGGAUGAAAAAAGUGAUGAUGAGGAAGAUGAUGACAUAGAUGAAGAAGAAUUACGUAGGUAUCAAAGUCGGACACAAAAAGGGCGACUCAGUCUUUUUCCUACUUUUGGAAAAUCUAAAAAAUCUAAAGAUGAAGAUGCUAUGCCUGAAAACUCUGAUGAACUACAAAGGUACCAAAAUAAGACCAAAAGUGGAAGAGGUAGCCUUUUCCCUUCAUUUGGCAAAGACCGUAAAAAUAGUUCAGCUGAAGAUGAAUCUCCGAGUGACCUUGAGGCUAGUAUCAGGCAAUAUCAAAACAAGACCAAAAGUGGUCGUGGCAGUCUUUUCCCUUCGUUUGGAAAAGACCGCAAGAAUAAUUCAGCUGAAGAGGAUUCACCCAAUGAUCUCGCAGCCAGUAUCAAAGAGUACCAGAACAAAACCAAACGUGGCCGUGGAAGCCUGUUUCCAUCAUUUGGUAAAGAUCGGAGUAAAAGUAGUUCCACAGAAGAAGAACCCAGUGAUCUCGAAGCCAGUAUUAAGCAGUAUCAAAAACAAUCCAGUCGCGGUCGUAAUAGCCUAUUUUCAGGUGAUAUUGAAAACUAUAGAAAUUCGACUCAAAGGGGCCGACCAAGUCUUUUUGAUCCCAAUCUAAAUAUGGAUAACUUAGAAGAAGAUGAAAAAGUAGAGGUCCUAGAGCAAACUAGUGUAGCGGAUUUAUUACGCGCAUUAACAGUGCUUGAAGCAGUCGCACCGCAACAAAAGCGAGGGUCAUUUGAUGCUACUAGUUUUUUGGGGUUAUUAGCGGGCGAGGCAGCAUCUCCGGCCCCUCAGCCAACCCGACGGAGAGGAUCUAUCCGUCCAGAUUUUGCAAUGCCUAAUUUGCCAAGCCGGCUUGAACCAUCUGAGGAACCUGCUGGCCCUAGAAGAAGACGGGUGUCAGCCAGGGCCGCCACGCCACAGUUCACCCCAACUUUAGCCACAGUGGUGGCCGGUGCCGAGCUGCAGACUACAGCCACCGCAGCCAGAGAGAACCGAAUGUCUAUGAUCAACCACCCGCCGCCACCUCCUUAUUCUGAAGCAACAGCAACGGGUGACGCAGAAACACAAGGGCCAAGGCAGAGAAGAUUCUCUCCCGCCCCAGGGAAUGUUGGCAGAGCAAACACUGGACCAGUUCCAAGACUUUUCUCUAGAAUACGCAAAGAAAGUGUUAAUAGUAUUGAAGAAGAAGCCUCGACUAGUAGGCGAGGUAGUCUGACCGAUGUUGUGAUAGAUAAUAAUAAAGACAAUACAUAACAUAGUGCCUUAUUAGAACAAUUUAUUUAUAUUGUAAUGUAUAUUAUUAAUGAUUAAGUAGUUCUAACUAAUUAUUAAAUUACGCCGUCCAAUACUAAA